AUGAAGGCAUACCCCAUCUCUCAGAAGCAUUUUAUGCUCCAUGUGGGGAAUAUCCCAUAUGAAGCCACAGAGGAGCAGCUAAAGGACAUUUUCUCAGAGGUCGGCCCUGUUGUCAGUUUCAGGUUGGUGUAUGACAGGGAGACAGGCAAACCGAAGGGAUAUGGCUUUUGUGAGUACCAAGACCAGGAGACGGCGCUCAGUGCCAUGCGGAACCUGAAUGGGCGCGAGUUCAGCGGGAGGGCGUUGCGUGUGGACAAUGCAGCCAGCGAGAAGAACAAGGAGGAGCUGAAGAGCUUGGGCACAGGUGCCCCCAUCAUAGAGUCACCCUAUGGAGACCCUAUCAACCCUGAAGACGCCCCUGAGUCCAUCAGCAGGGCAGUUGCCAGCCUGCCACCUGAGCAGAUGUUUGAGCUGAUGAAGCAGAUGAAGUUGUGUGUGCAGAACAGCCCUCAGGAGGCCCGGAACAUGCUGCUCCAGAAUCCUCAGCUGGCGUACGCUCUGCUCCAGGCCCAAGUGGUGAUGAGGAUCGUCGAUCCGGAGAUCGCUCUGAAAAUUCUGCAUCGUCAGACCACUGUUCCGCCUCUGAUUCCGGGCAACGCACAGCCAGUUCCUGGGCCUGGACCUGGGCCCGGGCCCGGGCCAGGACCAGGGCCAGGACCAGGGCCAGGUCCUAACGCACAGAUGAACCAGCAGAAUCCCCCAGCGUCCCAGCCACAGCCCAUAGGUGGCAUGCAUGUAAAUGGAGCUCCUCCUCUGAUGCAGCCUCCUAUGCAGGGUGGCGUGCCAGCCCCAGGACAGAUGCCAGCCUCAGUAGCCGGCCCAGGCCCUGGCCCCAUGGCUCCCGGAGGAGGAAUGCAACCUCAGGUUGGGAUGCCGGGGGGUGGACCAGUGCCCUUGGAACGUGGACAAGGAAACCUGCAGCUCUCGCCCGUGGGACCUGCCAGGCCUGCAUCUAUCGAGCGAGUUCAAGUGCCCAUGCCGGACCCGAGGGCUCCUAUGCAGCGGGGACCACUACCUGCCAGCGGCCCACCACCCCGGGGCCUUCUGGGUGAUGCUCCAAACGACCCCCGGGGAGGGACCCUGCUCUCGGUCACUGGAGAAGUGGAGCCCAGAGGCUACCUUGGGCCGCCCCACCAGGGUCCACCCAUGCACCAUAUGCCCGGCCAUGACAAUCGUGGCCCACCCCCACAUGAAAUGAGGGGUGGGCCAAUGGGAGAACCCAGGCCACUGAUGGGAGAGCCAAGGGGGCCUUUGAUGGAUGCUCGAGGGGGAAGAGAUCCUAGAGGCAUGGAACCCAGAGGAAUGGAGCCCCGGGGCAUGGAACCCAGAGGAAUGGAGCCCCGGGGCAUGGAGCCCAGAGGAAUGGAGCCCCGGGGCAUGGAGCCCAGAGGAAUGGAGCCCCGGGGCAUGGAGCCCAGAGGGAUGGAGCCCCGGGGAAUGGAGCCCAGAGGCAUGGAUGGCAGAGGAAUGGAGCCCAGAGGCAUGGAGCCCAGGGGUCCUGGCCCCAACCCAAGGGGCCCAAUGCCUGGUGGAAUUCAAGGACCUGGGCCACUUAACUUGGGAGCGAGUGGCCCUCAGGGACCUAGACAGGUUCCCAACAUGCCUGGGGCAGGCAUACAAGGAGGCGGUAUGCCAGGGGCAGGCAUGCAGGGAGGCGGUAUGCCAGGGGCAGGCAUACAAGGUGGCGGUAUGCCAGGGGCAGGCAUACAAGGAGGCGGCAUGCCGGGGCCAGUGGUACAGGGAGCUGGCCAGCCAGGAGGCUUUAGCCCAGGCCAGAACCAGGUCACCCCGCAAGACCACGAGAAGGCCGCCCUGAUCAUGCAGGUUCUCCAGCUGACUGCAGACCAGAUCGCCAUGCUGCCCCCAGAGCAAAGGCAAAGUAUCCUCAUCCUGAAGGAGCAGAUCCAGAAAUCCACUGGGGCUCCAUGAGGAGAGCUCAGAAGACACUUGGUGACCCCGGCAGCAGCCCUGAAGAUGAAGACCGGUGGGAUGGAGGAGGCGCCCGAGGCCACAGCUUCACCUCAUCACCGGCUGACCUGGUGCAGUCAUCGGGGGAGGGUUCCUCCGUCCUGCCCAGUGUAACCCCCGUACUGUUCGUUCUCUGUGUUUUGUGUGUGUGUUUUACAGUAUUUGAAAUAAACUUGGAGGAGGAGGAUUUGA